AUGAGCGAAUCCGAAUCAUUGGGUGGUAGUAGCGCGUCAACGAAUGGCAAUGUCGACGACUUUGCGUUCUCGCAACUAUUCGCUUCAGUCACUCGGCCAAUUCCAUUGGCUUGCAACUCGGUGUACUCGUCAAACUCGCCGUGGGGAACUGCAGUGUCCCAGCCUAUGCUCGGGGGAUCAUUCGGCUUGGCACCAACUCCACCACCAAUCACAGAGCAGGUUGUCAAGUGCCCGUUGUGCUUGGAACCAUACCGUCAACCCAAGGUAUUGGCGUGUUUCCACUCAUUUUGCAAGUGUUGCCUCGAGAAACAUCUAAAGUCGGCGGAACGCAUUAUUUGUCCGCAGUGCCACAUGGAAACGCAAUUGAGUGUACAUCUCGGUCUCGAUUCGCUGCUGACCGAUUUUGGUCUUGAAUCGGUGAUGAACCGUCAGUGUCAGCUCAUGAGCGGCAUGUCGCUCGGUGGCGCGCCGAUGCCCAUCAACAACGGUUUGAGUUCCGCUGCGGCUGCUGGCAGCCUCGGCGGAAGUGCCGGAAGCGAGAAGCCGUCGUCGGUCGUCGGUUUCGGGUUCGGUUCGCCGUCGUCGACGUCGUCGUCGCCGCCGCUUAGCGAUUCGCCGACGUGCGAUCAACAGCACAUGGUGAAUUUGACGGCGGCGGCGGUCGCUGCCGCUGGACACGCCAACGCGACAUGUACGGGAUGCAAGUCGGGAGAGCAGGCCUCUUCCUAUUGCCACGAUUGCAAUUACAAUCUGUGCUCGAACUGCACGAUGGCUCAUCAGUUUAUGCAUUGCUUCGAGGGCCAUCGCGUCGAGAACCUUCCGCUAUCGAACAUCUCGUCGGCAUCAUCGACGGCGUCGAACUCGUCGGCGGCGAUGACAGCCGCCAACGGCGGAUUCGACUCGUCCGACAAAAGCUGCAAAUGCCUUCAGCAUCGCAAUCAGCAAUUGUGCUAUUUCUGUCUGACGUGCAACUUGGCGAUUUGCCAUGAAUGCACGAACGUCGAUCAUUUGGCGCCGGUGCACAAUUAUGAGCCGAUCAGUGACAUGCGCUGGUUUUUGCAGGUUGCUGACAAGCAGAUUCAUAAGAUGGAGCAGUUGGUGGCCGAGGCGCGCUCGAAACAUGGCGAACUCGUCGAAUUGUAUAAACAGGUUGACAACGCUCAGCAGCGCCUUACCGCUUCACUGCACAAUGCUCAUGCUCAGCUUGACGAGAAUGUAGCGAGUCUCGUUCUUCAACUGCAGGAUCAGAAGAAGACGAUGGCCAAAGAUAUCGACAACGCGUUCUCGGCGAAACAGAUUCAACUCACCAUGGUUGACAAACGCAUUCAGCAGAUGGCUGAGAAGCUCAAUCAGACGAUCGAGUUCACGCAGCGAUUGCUCAAGUUCGCCUCGCCGACUGAAGUGAUGGUGUUCAAGCAACUUUUGGACACGCGUCUCCAAUUGUUUUUAGGAUUUAACCCUGAUGUGUCGAAUGCAUUGGGAUCAUCGUGCGAGAUUGAGAUUCCGUCGUUGAACGCUCAAAUGGGACGUCAGGCGAUUUCUCAGCUUCUUGGACAAGUGCGCGGAGCUGCCUCUGAGUGGAAUGGUGUUCUGCCAUCGUCACAAUCCGGCAUGCCGCCGACGCCAAUCGGACGGCCGCCGAGUCGUCAUCAGAUCGAGCAUCAGAUCUCGCGGUCGCCGCCCCAACAGGUUGCUCACAGCCUGCCGUUGGCGCCCAACGCCUUCUCCGACUCGAAUCUUCAACGACCCAAAAACGACUUUGGAGGUUCAUCGCAGAGUCUUGGACCAUUCACGAACACUGCCGAUCCGUUCGGGCAAUACGAGAAAUGGUCGAUUGGUCUCGAGCCAAGUCUGGGACUCCUCGACGCGAACAGCGACGACGACAAGUCGUUGUUCCCGCCAUCGCGUUCGCAGAUCAAGCGUCAGAAGAUGAUCUAUCAUUGCAAGUUUGGAGAGUUUGGCGUUCUCGAGGGACAAUUCACCGAGCCGUCGGGUGUUGCGGUGAACGCGCAAGGUGACAUCGUCGUUGCCGAUACCAAUAAUCAUCGCAUCCAAGUGUUCGACAAGGAGGGUCAUUUUAGAUUCCAGUUCGGCGAGUGCGGAAAGCGCGACGGUCAACUGCUGUACCCGAAUCGUGUCGCAGUGAACAAGACGACCGGCGAUUUUGUGGUCACCGAACGCUCGCCGACGCAUCAGAUUCAAGUCUACAAUCAGUACGGUCAAUUUUUGCGCAAGUUCGGCGCCAACAUUCUGCAGCACCCGCGCGGUGUCUGCGUCGACAACAAGGGCCGAAUAGUGGUUGUCGAGUGCAAAGUGAUGCGGGUGAUCAUCUUCGACAUGUUCGGCAACAUUCUUCAAAAGUUCUCGUGCUCGCGCUAUUUGGAGUUCCCGAACGGCGUGUGCACCAACGACAAGAACGAGAUUCUCAUCUCCGACAACCGCGCGCACUGCAUCAAAGUCUUCUCGUACGAGGGACAAUUUUUGCGCCAAAUUGGUGGCGAAGGUGUCACCAACUAUCCGAUUGGUGUCGGCAUCAAUUCGAUGGGCGAGAUUGUCGUCGCCGAUAAUCAUAACAACUUCAAUUUGACCGUCUUCUCGCAGGAUGGUCAAAUGAUCGGCGCGCUGGAAUCGCGCGUCAAGCAUGCGCAAUGCUUCGACGUCGCCCUCGUCGAUGAUGGCUCGGUGGUUCUUGCUUCGAAGGACUACCGCCUCUACCUUUAUCGUUUCCUGUCGGCGAACGCCGCGUCGCUGUCGUCGGCGUCGAUCGCGACGGCGAACAACGGCGCCAAUCAGCAGGCACCGCAACAGCCGCAGCAACAGCAAUAG